AUGAAUACGCCAAACGAUGAAUCGACAAAUUUGAAUUUGAUCUCAGAAGAAGAGAUAAAUGAAAGAAACAUCGAAUUAACUAUUAUUACUAUAGAAAAUAUUAUAAGAAAUGAAGAUACAAAUGUGAUCUUUUCUGUGGAACAUAAUUCAAAUAUAUUCGGAGAAAGUAAUCCAAUUAAAAUCGAAGCUGGUAUCAAAGAACCAUCACCCGUAUACGAUGUUAAUUUUUCUGUCCAAAUUCCAAUAUCCCUUUACGAUCGAACUAGUAUUGAUCGUGUAGUUUCCACUCCAGUUUUAAUAUCAAGCGUCGACAAAGACGAAAGUGUUACACCCACUGCUUUGGAUACUGGAAGGACAAAAAAAUCUCGAAUUCCUCCUAAAAAGGAAUUUAAAUUGAAAAUUAUUGGAUUAUGCAAUGUCGAUCUUAUGCCAAUUUUAUUAGGGGAGAAUCUAUUUAUUGAAAAAUUAGUCCUAGAAACAGCACAAUUUACAUUCGAUGGCAAUGCUGUGUCGUGGCCUAAUCUUCCACGUUUAACGGUCAACAUCAAGCAAGAGAAAAAACCAUUUUUUCCUUCUGAUUUGAAAUUUAAUUUUCUAAACAUCACCGUAGAAAGUAUUUUUAAUCCACCAUCUUCGUUCACUGAUAAAAUGGAUUACACAGCUGGUACUUUUCUUUAUGAUGACCAAGAAGAUCCAGAAACAAUAAUAUACGAUCGUGGAAAAUUGAUCCAUGGUCGAGAUAUAGAAAAAAGUAAAUGUUGGAAUCCUUUGUCCCAUUUGCAAAGUCGCGCCAAAUUGUCGAAAUACAAACUAGCUUGUAAUUACAACGAUAUAAAGAAUACCCUUAAGGAGGAAUUAAAAUUGCAGGAUAUAAUGGAGAAAAAUAUAUCGAGAAUACAAUGGAAUAGUAUGAGUCGUCACAUAUUGCAAAAGGAUGAUAUUAGAAAAUUUCAAAAUCAAAUUUCCAAAUAUAAAUAUUGGCCAUUUCAAUUCAUGGUAAGAGAAACACAAGACGAUAAGGUCAAAGCAAAGUCUACACAAGUGUCUAAGAUUUAUCAAUGUUACGUUGAUUUAAGCGAACUAUUAUUUCCUGGACGAAGAAAAACUCGAAUUGCAUCGCAAUUAUAUACCUUUAAUGCAACUGACCUUAUGGAAAAAACAGGAUUUGAGAAAGCUAUUUUUUUAAUAGACACUCAAAUAAAAGAGCCCAAAGAAAAAGAUAAACGGGGGAAAACUUCGACGAAAAAUACAUCGAUAAUAACAGAAGUGGAAACACUUGCGACUGAACCAGUUAUUACAGAGACCAAUGAACCCGUAUUUGUUAUAAUCGAGAUUGAAAUUUAUCAUCCACUUGUUGCUUGUCGAUUAGAUAAAGAUUUUUCUAAUUUGAUCCAUGAAUUGACAACAGCAACAGAUAAAAAACCAUAUUAUCCAUAUUCCGGAGAUUUGGCUGAGAAUCAAUAUACGAAAUGCAUCGAAACUUUGAUUAAAAUUAUGACAGAAAGUUAUAGAGAUUUUUGUAAAGAAACAGAUAAGAAAUCAUUUCGUUCUGUCGAAGAGAAUAUCAAAGAAGAAGAUUCGAAAUUUUGUUACGUACCGGACGAAUUAACAUGUUUCAUUCAGUACUUAUAUAAAACCGGAAUUUAUUUAUCCAUACGUAAUGCAUUAAAGACGAAGAUUACUUUACUUUUGGAUCAGAAAUUUGAAAUGCCCUCGUAUACUUUAGAUUCCUCUAAGGGACAGAAUUUUAUAGUGACCGUGUAUACUUAUUUGGUCGAACUUAUGCACACGAUCGUUAACAAAACAAUCGAAACAAAUUUCUGGAAUGAUUCAACAUCGAUCGUUUCUGAUUCAAAGAGAUUAUAUUUCUAUGCCGAUGAAGCUUAUGAAUCAGGUCACAUUGAAGAAGCAAGAAAAUAUUAUACUACUAUUAUCGAUAAAGAAAAAAAUGAUCCUACUGCGUGGAUCAAUUAUGCAAUAUUUUUAUUAACGAUAGGAGAUAAAGAACGUGCCGAGGAAUGUUGCCAAGAAGCGAUACUAUUAAAUAAUCGUCACAGAAUUGCGCUAUUAAUCUAUGCGGCAAUUUUAAUGGAAAAAAGAUAUUAUCGAGAAGCUGAAAUUUUUUUCCGUAGUAUUAUUGAUUUUUAUCCACGAUUUGCCGAAGGAUGGACGAUAUUAAAUUUAUUUUACAUUCGUAUCGAUUAUUAUCCAGGAAUAGACAUUGCGAUUCGAAUAGCGAAGGAAUGCAUGGAAGACAAAGAUCGAGAUACAGAGAUCGAUGAUCGAGAACCUAUUGCAUGGUCGAUGAUCCAUUGUCCACGAGACAGUAUAUACAUGGUGACAACGACGUUCUUGCUUAAAUUACAUCUCUACGAUCUGGCAGGUAUAGCAUUGGCACAAGAAAUGUCCCUGACAGGUAGAUCAACAUAUUUAUUAUAUUAUAUGGCAGUGCAACAUUAUCUCUUACACAGAUACGACGAUGCUUUAUCUCAUUUGAAGGAAGCCCAAUGUCAAUAUGGAAUGGAUUAUUCGAUAAGUUGUCUGAUGGGACAUUGUUAUUUCCAAGAAGGUGAUCUCGAAGAAGCCAUAAAGUAUUAUGAAUUUGCUAAUAUGGUCUUUAACAGACCAGAUGAUAUUUAUCUUUUGCGAUUAAGGGUUGGACUAUGUUAUGAAAAUAAGAAGGAUUAUGAAAAAGCAAAGAAAGUAUUUUUAAAUGCCUGUCAAUUUUCACCAACGAGUCAAAGCUGGCUUCAUGCUGGAAUUUCAUUUUAUGAACUGAACCAAUUAAAAGAAGCUGAAAUAGCUUUGAUAGAAGCAAACAAGAUUGAUAAUUGCAAUCCAGAUGUUUGGGGAUAUUUGUGCUUAUUGAAUCUUUCUCUUAACCGAUAUGAAGAAUUUGCACAAUGUUAUAGACAAGCUGUCAAGUAUAACCUUAAAAAUGAAAAAUUAUUGAAUGCGAUAAAAGAAUCUAUGGAACAGUUGAAUUAUGAAGUAGAAAUUUUUCAAGUUACCUAAAAUGUUAUAAAGCGUGAAAUAGUAAAGUUUAGGAACAAAGAGAUCAUUAAUAUAUCUUCAUAAUUCAGGAUGAAAGGAAAUGCAUUAUUUUUCUAAUGUUUAGGGCAUAAUAAAUGUAGAGUGCUAUGUUCAAUCUAUGUCAUAUAUAUUUGAAAGCUUCUAAGAAACUUAAAAAUUAAUAAAUGUAUAUAAUGGAACAUAAACUUCGGUAAUAAAAACAAAUAAUAAAUUGGAAAUAAAUACAAAUAAACUAUAAAAUAAAAUAACAAUAAUUAUUAUUAUUCAGUUAAAAUAAAAUGAUUAUAGUUUGGCAUUGGCGUUAAUCCAAAUGAAAAACUUUCGCGAUAGACUAAUCCCAGUUUAUAUUGGUAUGGGGGUGACUUAAUCUUAUUUAAUUUGCUGAUUCUAAAAGCGAAUUAUAAAAAUAUUUUUCGAUCAUCUACUAAAAUACACAAAAAUAUUAUCAUUUUCUGAUCUACAUAUGAUGCAACAUCAGCAAGUUAAAUUUAUCGAAAGAUCACAUUACACUUUGUAAUCAUAUAUA